CACGAGCAUGCCCACCGACGUCCUCCCCCCACGGCCUGACCGCGCGCCAGAACGCGCGCGCACAGCAUCAGAGCGGCACAAGGCCGACCUGUACGAUGCGUACGCGGCGCUGCUGUCCCCGGCGAGCGCGUACCCUGCUGGGCGGUAUCGCUCAACGUCGGAGAUUGCAGAUGGCCUGAAGCGGCUGCGGCGGCUGAUCUUGACCGAGGGGAUUCCAGACGUGCCAUCGCGUCCCCCGCUCCGGCCGCGCAUCUGGAAGCUCAUGCUCAAGGUCGACCACCUCCACGCGGAAGACUACCUGCGCUACGUCGCCAGCGGGCCGUCGAGCGUCAGCACCAAGAUCAAAAACGACACGUUCCGCACGCUCGCGACCGACACACAGUUCAAGGGCCGCGUCAAGGAGGACAUGCUGAUCCGGCUCCUCGAGGCGUUCGUGUGGAAGAACCACGGCUCGGAGCGCGACGGCCUGCCGUUCACCUAUGUCCAGGGCAUGAACGUCCUCUCCGCGCCGUUCCUCUACACCAUGCCCUCGCAGCUCGAGGCGUUCGCGUGCUUCUCAAACUUUAUCGAGCGCGCCUGCCCGUUAUACGUCCAGCCGACGCUCGUCGGCGUGCACCGCGGCUUGAAGCUCUUGGACAGGUGCCUCAAGAUUGUCGACGCCGAGCUGUACGACCACCUGAGGAGCAAGAACCUCACGGCGGAGCUGUACGCCUUCCCCUCCGUCCUCACUCUGUGCGCGUGUACCCCGCCCCUGGACGAGGUAUUGAUGCUAUGGGACUUCCUCCUAGCCUUCGGCGCCCACCUCAACGUCCUCUGCGUCAUCGCGCAACUCAUCCUCAUCAAGGAGGAGCUCAUGGAGUCACCAUCACCAAUGAAACUCCUUCGCACCUUCCCUCCCUUGCAAGCCCGGCCCGUCAUCAGCAUCACCCUCGCCCUAGCAAAGGACAUUCCAGAGGAUGUUUACGCCGAGCUCAUUGCCCACCCCGUCGCCUAACCCCAUCUCUCCUCGCGCUCUCCUCGAUCCUCAGGCUCUUCAGCACUUUCGCGCCCGCCGAUCUCCUCUCACGGCUUCCUCCGCCCUCUCGCCACGACCUGCAUUACACUUGCCAUUGUACAGCUAACGCCAUUCAUGCACGCAACGAUACGAC